GACCCCCAACAGAUGUCGAGCUUGACUUUUAACGGCACACGCUGCACCCUUCUUUUCGCAGAAAUGACCUAAACCCAAGUUUACAUUUGUUUCUAUUCAACCCAGUGCCGGCUAUUAGCCUACACUUACGGGAAGUGUGAUGAAGGAUCAGUUACUUUGUUGAGAUUGGAUACUAGAAGCGGUAGUAGCCAAGUUAGAGUAUUUAUUGAGGGAAGCUCAUGGCGGCUGUGAGUGUGAGUAGCGGUAGUAGUGACACAUCUAGCACCGGCGAAGAGGAGAGGAUGAGGCGGUUGUUUCUGACUUGCGACGGCGACGGUGAUGGAUACAUCAACAGGAAUGACCUGCUGAUGGUGUGCAGACAGCUUAACAUGGAGGAGUCUGUGGCAGAGAUCAUGGGCCAGCUGGGAGCGGAUGAGCGAGGCAAGAUUUCCUUCGAGGACUUCACCCGCUGCCGCAUGCAGCUCGUCAACGAGAUCCGCAAGGAAGAGGGCGAGCUCUCCCAACGCUCCCAGGACUCUGAAACUAGGAAGCUCAGGGAACACAUCGCCUCUUGGCCAACCAGCAGCGAGAACAGCCUGGGGGCCCUGUCAGGGGCCAGAGAGAGCUGGGAGUACGACUCUGGGGCCAGGGACCUCCAGAGUCCAGACAUCCAGCCUCAGCAAACACAGACCCAGCAGCAGCCAGCCAUCCUCCAGAAGGUCCUGGAACCGCCUGGGACUGUCCUAGAACAGCAGGCUGCCCUUCAUAUGCUCCUGUCCCAGACCAGCGCCCGCUGUGCCCCCCUGGGGGGAAAUUACCUGGAGCUGGCCAACACACUCCAGCUGACAGCCCUGGCCUCGUGGAAGGGGGACUUGGUGGAGCUGAACAAGCGGCUGGUGCAGACGGAGAGAGAAAGAGAGCUGCUAGAGAAGAGACUGGCCAAAGCACAGUGUGAGCAGUCCUAUCUGAUGCGGGAGCAUGAGGACGUUCAGGAGCGGACCACCCUACGAUACGAGGAGAGGAUCACAGAGCUACACAGCAUCAUCGCUGAGCUCAACAAGAAGAUAGACCUGCUACAAGGCACUACCAUCAGGGAGGAGGAUGAGUUUUCGGAGCUGCGUUCGGAGCUCAGCCACAGCCAGCACGAGGUCAACGAGGACGGACGCAGCAUCGACCAGGACGUGGCCUCCGUCUCACUGGCUGAAAACCACUCCACCCUGGCGACCGCCAACAUGGACAACUGCAGUGACCUGAACUCAGAGCUGCAGCGGGUUCUGACAGGGUUGGAGAGCGUGCUGUGUGGGAGGAAGAAGAGCACAUGCAGCCUGUCUGUGGCCGAGGUGGACCGCCAGAUAGAGCAGCUGACCACCGCCAGCCAACACUGUGACCUUGCCAUCAAGACGGUGGAGGAGAUCGAGGGGGCCUUGGGCCGGGACUUCUACCCCAGCCUGUCGGAGGAGCGUAUGCACUGGCAGAAGGAGCUGGUCGGCCUGAGGGAAGAGAACGAGAGCCUGACGGCCAUGCUGUGCUCCAAGGAGGAGGACCUGAACCGCACCAAGGCCACCAUGAACGCCAUCCGGGAGGAACGUGACCGCUUGAGGCGACGGGUGCGGGAGCUGCAGACGCGUCUCCAGAGCUCCCAGCCUGCAGGCCUGUCCAGCCCCGGGCGUCUCACCCCCGCCUCCCGUCCAAUCAACCCCAGCACUGGGGAACUCAGCACCAGCAGCAGCAGUAACGACAUACCUGUGGCCAAGGUGGCGGAGCGGGUGAAACUGUCUAAAACCAGGUCGGAGUCUUCCUCCACCGAGAGGCCUGUUCUGGGAUCAGAGAUCAGCAGCAUCGGGGUGUCCAGUAAUGUGGCGGAGCACUUGGCACACUCCCUCCAGGACUGCUCCAACAUCCAGGAGAUCUUCCAGACCCUCUACUCCCACGGAUCAGCCAUCUCUGAGAACAAGAUCAGGGAGUUUGAGGUGGAGACGGAGAGACUUAACAGCCGCAUCGAGCACCUGAAGUCUCAGAAUGACCUCUUGACCAUCACGUUGGAGGAGUGUAAGGGCAACGCAGAGAGGAUGAGCAUGCUGGUCGGCAAAUACGAGUCCAACGCUACCGCCCUACGACUGGCACUGCAGUACAGUGAACAGUGUAUAGAGGCCUAUGAGCUGCUGUUGACGCUGGCGGAGAGUGAACAGAGUCUGGUACUGGGCCAGUUCAGAGCUGCCGGAGUGGGCGACGUAGGUGAGAAGUUGGGAGAGGAGAGCAUCACUCAAAUCCUGAAGAGGGCCCAUGACUGCAGGAAGACAGCAGAGAAUACAGCCAAGGAUCUGCUGGGCAGGCUGGACGGUAGCUGUGGAGCCGCAUUCGCUGUGACUGGCUGCAGUGUUCAACCAUGGGAGAGCCUGUCCUCCAAUAGUCACACUAGCACCACCAGUUCCACGACCAGCUCGUGCGACACAGACUUCUCCAAGGAGGACGAACAGCGACUGAAAGACUACGUGCAGCAGCUAAAGAAUGACCGUGCGGCAGUCAAGCUGACCAUGCUGGAGCUAGAGAGCGUUCACGUCGACCCCCUCAGCCUUGAGGUCAAGCCCCGGGGAGACACGCACCGUCUGGACCUGGAGAACGCUGUGCUGAUGCAGGAGCUCAUGGCCAUGAAGGAGGAGAUGGCGGAGCUGAAGGCCCAGCUCUACCUGCUGGAGAAGGAGAAGAAGGCAGUGGAACUGCGGCUGAGCACGCGGGAGGCCCAGGAGCAGGCCUACCUGGUGCACAUCGAGCACCUCAAGGCCGAAGUGGAGGAGCAGCAGGAGCAGCGCAGGAGAUCCCUCAGCUCCACUGGGAGUAGUAGUAAAGACAAGAGCCAAGCCGCUAAGGAUUGUGGAGACUCUCCGGCCAUCAGCCUAUCAGACCUGAGGACACUGAAUGAUAGCGACCUGGCAGCAGAGCUCACCAACGCACUGAGACGGGAGAAGAAGCUAAAGGGGCGUGUCCAGGAGCUAGUGGCAGCGCUGGAAAGACUAACCAAGAGUAGCGAGGUCCGCCACCAGCAGAGUGCCGAGUUCGUCAACGAUCUGAAACGGGCAAACAGUAACCUGGUGGCUGCGUAUGAGAAGGCCAAGAAAAAGCACCAGGGUAAGCUGAAAAAGCUGGAGGCUCAGAUGAUGGCCAUGGUGGAGCGCCACGAGACACAGGUUCGCAUGCUCAAACAACGCAUCGCCCUGCUGGAGGAGGAAAACUCACGGCCACACACCAAUGAGACCUCCCUAUGAGAACUGAUGAGACAUCCCUAUCAGAACUCACAAGGCAUCAGUAUGAGAACUCACCAGACGUCGCUUCAGAAACUCACCAGACGUUGCUAUGAGAACUCACCAGACGUUGCUAUGAAAACUCACCAGACGUCGCUUCAGAAACUCACCAGACGUCGCUAUGAGAACUCACCAGACGUCGCUAUGAGAACUCACCAGACGUCGCUAUGAGAACUCACCAGACGUCGCUUCAGAAACUCACCAGACGUCGCUAUGAGAACUCACCAGACGUCGCUUCAGAAACUCACCCAUCGCAAUGAGAGAUACAUCACUGUGAGAACUUGCAGCCAAAACUCACAGCGCCACACCAACAGGACCUCCGGGUGAGCAACGCAAGGAGACUUCAUGUCCACAUUAUUAUUUGGAACAUCAUUACGAGCAUCGGUUAGAGGAGGGGACAAGGGAAUGGCUGGUAUGUGUGUGUGCUGAGAAUGUAAGCUUUCCCUACCAACCCAUAGACACCCUGCAGUCCUAUUCGGCACAUACACGUGGGGAGGACACUCUGCGGUGAUAGCUGCAAGUUCAUUGGCCAGCAGAUGGACAGGUAAAACUGCCAGGACCAAUUGGAGUUGACGCUACAAAUGACAGCUUUCAAUCAUAUCUGCAGAACGACACAUUUUGUUUACCACAGAAACCGGUAGAGGAAAAGUGUCAUUUUAUAUUUUUUGAGAGGAGCACUAUAAGUAAGCAAUAAGGCACCUCAGGGGUUUGGGGAAUAUGGUCAACAUACCACGGCUAAAGGCUGUUCUUAUGCACGACGCAUCGUGGAGUGCAUGGAUACAGCCCUUAGCCGUGGCAUAUUGACCACAUACCACAAACUCUUGAGGUGCCUUAUUGCUAUUAUAAACUGGUUACCAAUGUAAUUAGAGCUGUAAAAAUAUGUUUUUUAUACAUACCACAGCUGUCAGCCAAUCAGCAUUCAGGGCUCUAACCACCCAGUUUAUAAUAUAAACUAACUAUCCUUACUGGCAAAUUAUUAACUAUUAUCUCCCAGUUUAUUUCAAAUGUUAGCUUUGAUUUGGUAGCCUUUUUGUUAUUUCGAGGUUUGACUGCAAAUUAUUUUUGAAACUAUUUUUUAUCAAUGUUGCCAUUUAGAGUUAUUCCAUUUGUUGCCAUUUAGAAAUAUUUCUGGUGAUUCCCUUUUAAGGAAUACCUUUCUUUCAGCUCUACUUAGCAACUUCCCAGUUUUCAGUCUACAAAGUACACUCUGCCAUAGUGAAGACUUACUGAACACAUGGGCUCUAUUCACUCAAACCUGCUUCCGAGGUUUGAUUGGAUAGGGCCCUAAGUCAAUACCUCAAAUUGCGCAAAAUGUCCUUCCAAUAUGAAUGGCAUUGUUUCAGGUUCAGCCUUCAACUAUACAGCAGUGAAUCGCAAGAGACUGUAGUAGGUGUGUGCACAUGGAGGGGAGAUGACAAUAGGGGUGUGUGCACAUGGAGGGGAGAUGACAAUAGGGGUGUGUGCACAUGGAGGGGAGAUGACAAUAGGGGUGUGUCUGUGUGAGGAGAGAGAAAAGGGUAGAGUGUAUAAGAAUGUUUAAAGCAGAGAUCCAGAUGAUUCAUUUUGUCAUCCCCUUCAUGAACACAGAUUUGCUGCACACACACAAACAUCCUCUCCGGCCAAAGCACUUUUCACUUCACGCUGGACAAUAACACCACAUUGCCUUGUUGAGGACUCUUUGUUUUUCUGCAAGACUUAAACCCGGACCUCCAAUGUUAACCAAUGGCUGCUACUCUCUCUCUCUCUCUCUCUCUCGCUCUCUCUCUCUGUGUUUUGGGACGAGGGAAAAACAUACUUACUAUUCUAUAGCAAUCUGAGAUGCUGCAUUCUCACUCUACCUGACUGCUGUUCCGUUCAACAUCACUACUGUUGCUAGCUACUAUAAAUCGGCUUAAACCGGGAGCCUAGCACCCAGGUGACACCCAUGUUUCUAGAUAACCAUCAGUAGCUUGGUAUACAGAUGUUGUGAUUAGGCAGGGGUGGAUCAAUUCCAUCUAAUUCAUUUAAUUUGGAAAAUUGUCAUUGGCAAUAUUUUGCUUCAAUUCAUUAACCAAAUUUCCAUUGAAUUCCUGAGUUUGAAUGUAUUAACCCCAGUCCUGCUGUUUGGUAAGAUUCACUGCUAAAGCAAGCACUGGUGUGUAGACAAGUAUAGGAGUGAUGUAAUUUCCUCUCAAUAAACCAUCAUAGUUAUGACUUAUCUCGCAAAUACAGUCAGUACCUGUAUUUUGUUUCUGUUGUGCUUCUCAGGCAUACAACACAAGUGAGUCUGGAGCUCCAGUGGAGUGGUUGGUCUCAUCUUCUGUUCUGUGAAUGAGACAAGACGGGUUAGGGGGGUGGGGGUAAGGAAGGUGGGUUGGGGGUAAGGAAGGUGGGUUGGCAAACAAAUUACCUUAUUUGCACAGAUCUGUUUUGGAAUCAAAUCUUGGCAAUCGUUGUUUUGUUGAUUUUUAAAGAGGUUGUAUUUGUUUAUAUCAUAAAGUAAUAAACCAAUUUAAAUAAAUGCCAA